AUGGAAUCCGUAAUCAAUAAUUUUAAGAAACCUUUUUCCAAAUUGGCUCAUGGUCAAUAUUAUGAUGACAGGAAGGAAUAUUGUAGCCUUAGCAAUCUUUGCCUUUUAGCAGAUAUAGCUUGUGCUCUCGCUGAUUUCGAUGCCGAAUCUUCAUCAACAAGGAAUGAAAAAGUAACUUAUCAACUGAGAAAUGGAAGCAACAUGUAUAUAGAAAAGAGAGCUGGUGAAGCAAAUAGGUGCGAAUCGUUGGUCAAUAUUUCAAAUCUUGGUAGUAAAGAAAUAAGAACGGAUAGAAAUGGGGAUGGAAACAUGCAGCAACCCCAAAAUUUGUCAUCUGCCAAUCAAAAGUAUUACAGAAGACCACGAACAUCUUACUUUGUGCAAUUUUUACGAGAAAUGGUUGAGUGUAAGGCUUUUCAGCCAUAUAUUAGAUGGAGCGAUGAUGGUAGCACUUUUCAUAUUAUUAAUCCACCAGAAAAGUUUGAAAAGUGUGUGUUGCAAAAUUUCCCCAAAUAUAAAACGAAUAAAUUUAACAGUAUUGUUAGGCAAUUGAAUAUGCAUAACUUUAAGAAGGUUAUUGGUCAGCGUAAUCAUUGUCCGAAUUUUUCAACCUACAAAAACCCUUAUUUCAUACGAAGUAGGCCAAAUUUACAAAAGUUAAUUAAAGUGAAAAGACCUGAAAGAUCGGACGAGAACAUUACAAAGUGA